UUGUUUACGCCAAACAUGUCGUCCAAUUCUAUUCCUUCUCCUCCUUUGGUUUCCUUUCUUUCUCUAUUCUUCUUCUUCUUCUUCAGAGCACCCAUUACUAUAAAGAACCUUCACUUUCCUUCUCACACUCCCACGCUUCUUCUUCUUCUUCUUCUUCUUCUUCUUCUUCUUUGAUUUCCCCUUUCGCUUUUUCUUUCUUUCUCAUGAUUCUCCCCCGCUUUCUCCCACUAUAAGAACUCCCCCCCUCCGUUUGCACGAGUUGCAGCAGAUUGGUGGGUCUUAUACAAUUUCUUCUGCGGCGCCCAUGGAGAAGAUUAAUUUUGUCAGAAAUGGCGUCCUCCGGCUGCCGCCUGGCUUCCGAUUCCACCCCACGGAUGAAGAGCUUGUGGUUCAGUACUUGAAGCGGAAGGUGCUUUCGUGUCCGCUGCCGGCUUCGAUCAUCCCUGAGGUCGAGGUUUGCAAGGCCGAUCCAUGGGAUUUGCCUGGGAAUAUGGAGCAGGAGAGGUAUUUCUUCAGCACCAGAGAGGCCAAGUACCCGAAUGGGAACAGAUCAAACAGGGCCACGACUUCUGGGUAUUGGAAAGCCACGGGGAUUGACAAGCAAAUCGUGGCUUCCAAGGGAAAUCAAGUGGUGGGGAUGAAGAAAACUCUGGUUUUCUACAAAGGGAAACCGCCCCAUGGCUCCCGAACCGAUUGGAUUAUGCACGAGUACCGCCUCGGCUGCCCGCCAACUGUUUGCUUUAAUUCCUCACAGGAGAAUACCUCGCUUCAGAGCUCUGUGGCUCCACCAAUGGAGAAUUGGGUUCUGUGUCGCAUAUUUCUGAAGAAAAGAAAUGGGCAACAAAAGGAAGAAGAGAGAGACAGCAGAAAGGCAAGGAUUGGGAAGCCUGUGUUUUAUGACUUCAUGAGAAAAGAGAGAGACUUGAAUUUGGCUCCUUGUUGCUCCUCUUCAGGGUCUAGUGGGAUCACAGAGAUCUCUUCCAAUGAAUUGGAUGACCACGAAGAAAGCAGCAGCUGCAACAGCUUCCCCUACUUCAGGAGAAAACCUUAAAACUUAAAAACAAGACAGCUCAUUUUGUGUGUUUUGUUGUAGUGCAGUUGCAGUAAAUUUCUGUGAUUUCCCAUGUCGGAAAAUAACCAUGAAAGGAAGAAAUCCUAGUCCUAGUACUUGGUCCUGUAGUUUUUGGGGCUUCUUGUCUGUGUUCUUAUCAUUGACAUAUAUCAUCAGCCAAAUGCCAAAUGAGAUCAAAAGAAACUGAAUCGGCGUUUUAACUUGUUCUUAGUCACCCAGAGAAAGAAAGAAGAAAUGGAAGAAGUUUAUGUAAUGAAAUCCCAAGUUUUUCAAAUUCAUUUAGUAAAUUAGUUGAGUCUCAAAAA